GGAGAGAGGGCGGCGAUGCCAGAAGCCUCCCGGGGGCGGACCGAGCGGCCAGCCGCCUCUCUCCCGUCCUCGGGCACCGGGGCCCCCGCCCGCACCGGCUCUCCCCGGCACAGCUGCCUCUCGCCGUCGGCCAUGCGGUGGCUGUGGCCGCUGGCCGUCUCCCUCGCGGUGGCCUCGGCGGCCCCGGGGCCGAGCGGCGGCCCCGGGGACCCCCGUCUGCCCCCCGGGGGGCUCCCGGCCGGGGCCCCGGCCCCCAGGAGCCGGCCCCGGAGGGGCACGGAGGACGAGGAGGCCCGGGGGGUGCAGACGUACGUGCCGGAGGCCUGGGCCGAGGUCCCCCGGCCGCUCCGCCCGCCCGCCGGCCCCCAGCCCACCGCGCCCCGGGCGGCCCCCGGCCCCCGCCCCGGGGCCACGGGGGGCCCUCCCGCGGGGCGCCCUCCGACCGGGGCGCCCGGGCAGCGGCUGCAGAUGCAGAACCCGCUGUACCCGGUGACGGAGCGGUCGUACGGGGCCUACGCCGUGCUGCUGCUGGCCCUGGCGCUGUUCGCGGUGGGCGUGGUGGCCAGCCUGGCGGUGCUGUGCGUGGUGGGCCACAGCUACCAGCUGCAGAGCGCCUGGUACGCCAUCCUGGCCAGCCUGGCCCUCUGGGACUUCCUGGUGCUGGUGCUCUGCCUGCCCGUGGUGGUCUUCCAGGCGCUGGCCCAGCGGCGGCUGCUGGGGGACGCGUCCUGCCGGGCGGUGCCCUUCCUGGAGGUCUCCUCCUUGGGCGUCACGACCUUCAGCCUCUGCGCCCUCGGCAUCGACCGCUUCCACGUGGCCACCAGCACGCGGCCCGCGGCCCGCCCCUCCGCGGAGCACUGCCGCUCCAUCCUGGCCAAGCUGGCCGUCAUCUGGGUGGGCUCCAUGACGCUGGCGGUGCCCGAGCUGCUGCUGUGGCAGCUGGUGCCGGCGGCCGGCCCCGCCGACGCCUGCGCCAUGCGCCCCUCGGCCGGCCUGCCCGAGUCCCUCUACUCGCUCGUCCUCACCUACCAGCACGCCCGCACCUGGUGGUCCUUCGGCUGCUACUUCUGCCUGCCCGUCCUGUUCACCGUCACCUGCCAGCUGGUCACCUGGCGUGUGCGGGGCGCCCCUCCCGGCGGGCGCAGGCGCGGGGAGGGCGGGGGCCGGCCCAACGCCACGCUGGUGGGGCUGACGGCCGUCUUCGCGCUGUGCACGCUGCCCCAGCACGCGUGCGGCCUGGUGGGCGCCUACCUGGCCGCCGAGCUGAGCCGCCCGACGCUGGGGCUGCUGGGCCUGGUGGCGCAGUUCUCCGCCUUCUUCCAGGCGGCGCUCACGCCCGUGGUGCUGCUGUGCGUGUCGCGGCCGCUGGGCCUGGCCUUCCGGGGCUGCUGCUGCUGCUGCUGCGAGGCCUGCGGGGGGCCCCCGGCCGGCCCCGGCCCCGCCGACGCCAAGCUCAAGACCGAGAUGGCGCCCUCCGCCUACUUCCACAAGCCCCGGGGGUCGCCCGGGCUGCUGCCGCUGGGCACGCCCUGCUGAGGCCGGCCCCGGGGGAAGCCUGCCCCGGUGCCCGUCCCCACGGCGCUGGCUGGGACCGCCCGGACGGGGGCCGGGGGGCCUGGCGUGGAAGGUUCCGGUCGUGCCCGGGCCCCUCCCCACGCAGGGCCUUCCUGUCCCGGAGGCCGGGGCUGGCUGGGAAGCGUGUAGAGCCUUAGACACCGCCCCAGGCGCCCCGUCCCGCCCGCCGGGAGCCCCAGUUCCGCCGGUGCCAGCCCCCCGAGCCCCCCAUCCGGAAUCGGGGGCUCUUGGGGGACCAGCCCGAGGGACGUGGCUCUUCUCUGGACCGGAUUCGCCCCAGCCUGGACCCUCCCUCCUCCCGGCACCGGGUCUUCUUCCGGAAGCUUCUCUUCCCUUCCUCUUCCUCCUCCUCCUCCUCCGUGCCCACCCCCUCGGUAGGGGCUCCCCGUAGAAGGCCUUUCUUAAAACACAAUAAAGAAGGUAGAACUA